CAUUUCCGGUGAAAUGUGAAGAAACAGAGAAGCGAUGUCUGCAAAGGCUUUCAAACAAGAAAUGGCCCCCAAGGGGGGUUUUGGGCCCAUACACUGGGCUAAACGAACACCUAAGCCGUUACUGAGUGGGUUUGUACAGUUUGGUUUAAUGGGCGGGUUUAUGGGAUUUUGGCUUUAUAUGUUCUAUAAAUUCGGCUUCAAAAGGGUUAUAUAUGAACAAAUUGAGCUACAAGAUGCUAUGGCAGCCAUUGAACCAUUACUUGAGGCAGAGAAACAUAGAAUGUUUUUGAUACGUAUGCGUCAAAACAGAGAUUAUGAAAAUGAGUUGAUGAAGGACUAUCCUGGAUGGAAAACAGGAACUUUAUUUGGAGAACCAGUGUUCCACAAUAAGAGAGAAAGAUUUAUGACACCAUCUUUAGAAGAGUAUUAUGCACACACAGAAACUCGUCAUUAUAACAAGAAAAAGUUUCCCAAAAUUCACUUUGAAUUUUAAAACUAUGAAUAUUUAUAAGUUUGACUAUAAGUUUGACUGUUGUGAAUCGAAUGUACCUGAAUUGCUUAGAAUAAAUAAUUGAAACUGGAUAUUUAUGGGUUAUAAACACUGGUGUAUUUUAAUGUUAUAAAUGUUUAUAACCAUAUUUAUGUUUGAAAAUGAUUAAGGGAUCUUGUAUUCUAAUAAUUG